CUGAGAUGACGUAUACCCCAAUCUUUUAUUUACAAACACCUUGGUUCAAUGACAAGGCAGAAAACUUGCUGACAAACGUAAUCAGACGUUCUCGAAUGCAUAGGAUUGUCCUAUAUAGCACACAGUGACUCGUAGUAUUCAUUUCAUUUCUGCGCAAUUAACCGAUAAGUUUAUAUCAGUUAUUCUGGUGAAACAAAAGAGAAGCGAUGGCUCUUUCAGUGAAGGCGUAUUUGAACCCUGACACCAAUCAACAAGAAAUUCGUCGUUUUGCAAUUGACGAAGGUGCCUCAGCCAAUUUUGCCUAUUUGAGGCAGAAGAUCGAGCAGGUAUUUCCAUCCAUUAGGGGCAAGGUGUUCAAAUUGUUUUGGAAAGAUGCCGACAACGAGAUGAUAACAUUUUCAAGCGAUGAAGAGCUGAUUGAGGCAUUGGGAAGUAUAAGUGGCGAUGUGUUUCGCGUUUUUGUGAAAGGCGGUGAACCAGACGCUGGUAAUGUUGAAAACUCUGCUGAACAACAGGACCCUGGCACUGCUCACCCUGGCGUAGUGUGCGAUGGUUGUGAUAAGCACAUCUUUGGGAUCCGCUUCAAGUGUGUGGUUUGCCCAAACUUUGACCUGUGUAUGACCUGUGAGACCAAAGGAAUGCAUAGGGAACAUGAGAUGCUACGUAUUGCAACACCGAGAACUUCUGCAGACAACUGGUUUCCUGGCUUCAACCCAUUUGGAGUUGGUCAUCCACCUCACCACCCCCCACAUGGCCAUCCACCUCACCACCCCCCACAUGCUCAUCCACCUCACCACCCCCCUCAUGGUCCUCCUCCUCAUGGAAUUCCUCCCUUUCAGUAUGACUUUGGACGAGGAUUUGGUCCAUGGGGACGUGGAUUUGGCCGUAGGGGGGGCCGUGGUCGUUGUGCCAAGGCUAGAGGCCGUUGUAACAAUGGAGGAAAGAAGUGUGAUCGCCAUACAGAGGCCAACCCUAAUGAGGUCCCUGUGGGGCCACCCUUUCUUCAUGCUGUUGGAGAGACUAUUGCCUCAUUUCUUGGGCCACUGGGUGUAGAGGUGCACACAUAUGCUAGUAGUGAGGAAGAUUGUUGUCAAGGCAGAUGUCAGGAGGGUGACCAACAAGCCACUGCAGAUGCUGGUCCUUCAGGAGAGUCCACAGAACCACAAGUGGAUGAAAAUGCUCCAUCACAAACAGAUGAAAAAGAAACCUCUGAAAUGGAUGUUCAAGCACCAGAGGAGUUUGUUUUGGUUGAUGAGAAUGCAGAGUCACAAGAGGGAGCCUCUGGAACAGUUGAUGAGGAAGUUCCAACUGACCCCUUGGAGGUGGCCAUAGCAAAGAUGCGUGCAAUGGGGUUCGAAGACGAUAGUGGCUGGCUGCGGCAACUGAUACAUGCUAAGGAUUAUGAUCUCAACAAAGUCCUUGAUGCCAUGCAGUUUGAGGGAAAGAACUGAUGGGCAUCAUACAGUGCAUCCUGCUUUACAUGUAGUCAAGUUUUUUGUUUUGCUGUGGGCAUUUUUCAGUUAAUUUUAGUAUUUACUCAGUAGCUUAUCCUUGAAAACAUGAAGAAAUGUCAAAACGUGAAAUGUCGACUUCAUACAGUUGUUUCAAAACAGAUAUGUAAGAUCUAAUGUCUGGUGGCCUUCUGGGAAUUAUGACUUUAUAGCCAAGUGUAUCACGUUUUAAUUUUGUAUUGAUAAUUGUGGCAUUCCAGAUAAAAAACUUUUCUGGUGUACUGUCAGAAGAGCCCUUUUCCUCUAAGAUUUUGUAAUAUCUUUUUUUGCUGUAACAUUGAUAGAAACAUCAGUAAGAGGUGAAGAGCCAUCAGCAUGAUAAAGUGCAAGACCAGUUAGGUGUAUAUAUGCCACACAACUGGCUCAAUUUUUUUCCCUUUAAAUUAUCUUUCCUUGUUCCCCUCAUAAGAAUGCCAAAUACAGUGUUUGUUACAGUUGAUUACAAGGGGAGAAUGGAACCAUUUGCUGCCCUGUUCAAAUCGUAAGUUGACAUUUCAUGAGUGGCCUUGCAUGCUUUCAACAGGAGUUUUGGAUCAUGACGGGUGUAGUUACAUUGUGCAAGGGUUCGAUUUUUCUUUUAAAAGGCAAAUUAAUUAAAAAUCAUUAAAAAAAACCCAUUGUAGAAGGGUUCAAGCAGUUGGCGAGAAGAUUUUGGUUGUGAUUAUUAAUUAUUCAAUGUGCUUCACGGUCAUGUAAUGUGAGUGAGCAAUGAUACAUAGCAUUGUAAUAAGCUGUGAUGCCAAAAUAAAGUUCUUCAAUGAUGA